AUGGGUUGGAAUGUAAGAGGCUUGAAUAAAAGGGAUAAGCAGAGAUCGGUGCUAGAAAUUUGUAGAGAAAAUAAGGUUGGGCUUGGAGCCCUUCUUGAAACUAAAAUAAACCAUGAUAAGGUGGGAGACAUGAUAGCUAUGAGUUUUCCUAAUUGGGAAUUUUUUUCGAGCAUUGCAAGUAGUAAAAGAAUAAUUUUGAUUUGGCAAGCAAAGUUUAUGCAUGUUGAGGUGUUGUUGGAUAAUGAGCAAUUUAUCCAUAGCAAAGUGAAGAUAGUUGGCUUGAUAGAGGAGUUCUAUUUCACUGCGGUGUAUGGAAGCAAUUGCCCCGCUGAGAGGAAGUUAUUAUUUGAGAAGUUGGCUGCGUUGGGUAUGUUAAAUAGGCCUUGGCUAAUUCUUGGAGAUUUUAAUGCGAUGUUUAAUUUCCAAGAUAGGAAUGGUGGCAAACAAAUCUUGACCAAAGACAUUGAGGAUGCUCAAAAGUGGCUUUCUUUAGGCCAAGUGGAAGAAGUUUCUUGCUCCGGGGCCUUCUACACUUGGACUAACAAGCAUGAUAUGGGAACCAGAAUUUUUUCCAAAUUGGACCGUGUCCUUAUUAAUGAAGAUUGGUUAGAUCAAUUCCCCAACACCGAAGCCUGUUUCAAGUGGGAUUGUAUCUCGGAUCAUAGUUAUUGCAUCGUCAAGAGCAAUAGAAUCGGUAACGUGGGCAUCAAACCUUUCAGGUAUUGUAACCAUUGGUCCUUCCAUAGUUGCUUUCGUGAGUGGGUUUUAUGCUGCUGGAACAAAUUUUCUGAUGCUAAUACAGUUGGUGAAUUAGUGAAGAAGAUGUUGAGAGUGAAACAUGUUUUAAAGAAGUUUAACAGGGAAGAGGUUGGUGAUGUAGAGAAGCUCUAUAAUCAAUGCAAAGCUGAUUUCAUUACAGCUCAAGAGAGCUUGGCCAAGGAUCCUAAUAACAGCCUCUUGCUUCAGGAAGAGAAUAGGCUAGGCCAUGAAUAUGCUGCUGCUUUGAAACAGUACACUUGUUUCCUUCGACAACAAAGUAAAGUUUCUUGGCUGCAGAAUGGGGAGGAUAACACCAAGUAUUUCCAUUCUUUAAUGAAGAAAAGGAAAUUGGAAAAUCGGAUUACAACGUUUGAGUCACAUGGUCAAAUUGUUGAUGACUAUUCUGAAGUAGUGGAACAUUUUCUUAACCAUUUCAGGAACUUUAUGGGCAAGAAAAGUUCAGCUACUAGGAGGUUGAAUCAGGAUUGCAUCCAGCAAGGGCGAACUUUGACUUUAGAGCAACAAGCCAAACUCAUCAGACCCUUCACCGAAAAAGAUGUCAAGAAGGCAAUGUUUGAAGUUCUUCCUUGUUUGGUGAGUGACAACCAGGGGGCCUUUGUUAAAAAUAGACUCCUUGCUCAUAACAUCAUGAUUUUCCAAGACCUCCUCAAAGGUUACACUCGAAGAGUCGUUUCUGCAAGAUGUAUAAUGAAGAUUGAUUUGAGGAAGGCUUAUGAUACGGUGGACUGGCACUUUGUGGAAGACAUAUUAAACAACCUUUGUUUUCCUUCGAGAUUCAUUCAUUGGCUGCUUGUCUGCUUGAGAGGUACGAAUUACUUCCUUUUACUUAAUGGUCGGAUUCAAGGUUCUUUUAAAGGAGAAAAAGGUCUUCGCCAAGGAGACCCCUUAUCUCCUCUGCUGUUUGUGUUGAUAAUGGAAUACCUGUCAAGGCUUUUAUCUCAGGUUUCGAACAAAAAAGAAUUUGGUUUCCACCCCCUUUGUAAGAAUUUGAGACUAACCAACCUCUGUUUUGCUGAUGACCUCAUAAUCUUUUGUAAAGGGAAUAUGAAAUCUGUGGAGUUAGUUAAUGAUGCUUUUCAGGAAUUUUGCCAAGCGACGGGACUUUCAGCAAACAAGAAGAAAUCUCAUAUUUACUUUGGAGGGGUUAAGGAGGAAACCAAAAUCAAUAUAUUGGCUCUAACUCAAAUGGAAGAGGGAUCAUUUCCCCUCAAUUAUUUGGGUGUAAAGCUAAGACCAACUAAAUGGAAGGCUUCUGAUUGUGGUGUGAUUUUAGACAAGCUCAGGUUGAAGUUAAAUGGUUGGGCUAGUAGGAACCUCUCCUUUGCUGGUCGUGCUCAAUUAAUUCAAUCUGUGCUUCUUGGCAUUCAUACCUUUUGGAUGAGCCUUUUCAUCUUACCCCAAAAGAUAGUUGCAGCCAUUGAUAAGAAUUGUAGAGACUUUCUUUGGGGAAUGAAUGGAAACAGGAGCAAACUCCACACCCCCUCCUGGGGAAAAGUUUGCCUUCCCAAACAUUCUGGUGGUAUUGGGUUCAGAGAAGGGAAAUUGUGGAAUGUGGCUUUGAUAGCUAAGCAUUUGUGGGCUCUAUCCAACAAGCAAGACAACCUUUGGGUGAAAUGGAUCAACUCAAUAUACUUAAAGGGACAGGAUGUUUGGUCUUAUCUGGUGAAACCUGACAGGUUCUAUGAUGAAAUGUUAGGGGCUGCUAAGGUCCCCUAUGCAACUAAUGUUUGGCAUAAACUCAUUGUUCCUAAGCAUAGGUUCAUUUAUUGGCAAGUUAUAAAUGAACAUUUGCUCACUCGAGACAUUCUUAGCAGGUUCCUUCCUAUUGCUUCUGACUUAUGUGUGGUUUGUGAUAUGGAUCCUGAGUCCCAUAAUCACAUAUUCAUUGACUGUAUAUUUGCUAAAAAGCUGAUUAAGAGGGUUGAAGGUUGGUCUGGUGUGCUGAACUGGCCGAGUUGUUUAAGAGAGUUUCACCAAAUCAAACCUGCAAAAACUGAUCUUGCUGCAGCAGUUUUAAAUGCUGUCAUCGCUGCUGUGCUUUACAUGUUGUGGAAGAACAGGAAUGAUUGCUUUUUAAUGAUGUUUGUAACAAUGUUUCUUCCCUUAGUAAAGAAAUUAAGUGUAUUGUUAAGGCUAGAGUUGUUGGGGUUCAUUGUAAAAGCCAAAAGAGGAAAGAUCAGUAUGUUAUGA